GUCCUCGUAAGUACUUGAGACGAUUUCAAAUCAUGGUGCACAAAGUACGACUAGCCAUGACCUUAUCCACCCUUACAACCGUUGACGUGGCGACCACAUCCUUCACUUUCAACCUAACCGAUGAUAAAUCCCAACACACCGGAGUAACACAAUUACAUCCAGGAAUCGAAGAUAUCAUGCUUUCCAGUCAACCGCCAAUCAUUAUGCACUUCCCAAACUUGAAACGCUGGAGGAUAUGGAGCAAAAUAACACACGACGCAUCCUCUACUAUGCUGUUGAAGGAAAGUGUAUCCAAAUGGUACUCCAGAUUGACGGCCAUUCAGAUAGGCACCAUUUCAGGAGAUUUGAUAGGCCACAUUCCAAUUCACGAUGUAUUUAUCGUAUUUAUCGACCUGGAUGCCUUGAUGAUUCCGUACAAGGAAAUUUCAGUUGAUUUGGUCGUCACUCUUACACGCUGCCCAAACAAAUGGAUUUGUCUUCACGCCUAUAGGCCAGCAUCAAUGGCCUCGGCCAACUGUUGGAUAGAUGGAGCUUUUCAGAGGCUGGAGCGAUUUUAAAGUCCAGGCUGGAUGCUUCAGCUUUGGCCUCGGCUAUUUCCUCGCCUUGAAAGCCUUAGUCUCAUGGAGCAUGUGAUGGAUAUGGAUGAGGUCGAGAGGGGCUUCUUGGUUAUGUGAUGAUUUUGCAGGAGAUUGAAGCCAGAAUUUGAGGGCUUGAUACUAGUGAGAAAAUCAAAAGUGUAUUGAAAAAGUGGAAGGAGGCAAAGGAGUAGCAGAGAUAAGAUUGGACGAAUCUGCACCUGUCGUCAUAAACGAUCAACAGCAACAAGAUACUUCAAUUGAAAUGCGUGUCGUUCAACAUCUGCUCAAGUCCAAGGAACUAAGCUGUGUCUGGUUAGGCGAUAGAAGGUACGACUUGUAGUCGGAC